AUGUUCUAUGCUGGAUCGCCAUCGCUUCGCCAACAGGUCCUCGAUUUUAUACGCCAGCAAUGCACGGAUCACCCGACUUCGUUGCGGCCUGUAAACCUCACCAACAUCUGGUCUCUCCUGUCCAAGUACCUGUCCGGUUCCGAUUCCCACGACGCAGAGACUCACAGCAAUAUGUUCCACGACAUCACGGCGAUUAUUGGCGCACUUGUCCGCCUGCGCCGGGAUCUCGUCUCUAUCACGCUUCCCCACCUAUGCAUAGUGCUUAGCCAGUUGAUUCGAACUCUUCGCAGCCCCCGACCCCAUCUCGGCAUGAAGCAACACAAACUCGUCGCAGACACAUUUCCUAAAUGGAUCGAUCCCUCGCGUCCGCUCGGAGUAGACGAGAGCAAGGCAUUAGCUCGCCUGCUAUCGACGCUCGCUACAAAAAGUAUCGUCCGUACUCACAUGCAGGACACGCAUAAACACGAGUCACUUUCCCGUCCAUUGGCGAAGCACGUAACAUAUGUCAUCGAGGCCUAUGUCGACGCGCUCAACGAUCCGUUGUGCGGGAUGUCGACCGAGGUGCGGCGUGAGCUGCAGCCAGGCUUGUUUAUAUUGUGUGGGAUGCUAAGCGAGCACGCACGAGAUGCAUUGAUGAUUUCUGCAUUAGAUGCGGGCGGUAAGACGGCGAUGAAGCAGCUCUGGAGGGAGUACGAGAAGCAGAAAUAUGUCGGAAAAGGCUGAUCCAAAAAUAGACCUCUGAAAACAAGCAUGAUAUCCUGAAAAGCU